ACACAUAAUCUUCACACUUUACGUAACAACAACGACCCUGAACAGUUUGCACUUUUGUGUGUUUUGAAUCUUCAAUACUGAACUGUGUCACGAAAUUACCUCUUCAUCUUCUUUUUGAAGACAGUCUUAUUUUUAGGGGAGCUUGAAUACGCACACACACACACACACACACCACCGCCACCACCACCUCAAAAAGGGUAUAAACUCGCCAUUGUAUAGGGUCAGUAGUGAUAAAUGAUCAUGAUGCGUUUUUAUUGCUUUUAACAAUCACGUUGUUGUUCAGACCCCACGUCACCGUGACCUGUUUAUAUUCCGCGUCUCGCCGCUAGUCGGCCCGGCGCAGGCUCGCUGUGGGCAGUGAGCGGGCAGACAGGGAGGAUGCGGAGGCCUGCCAGUCCCACAACAACAACACAUCUAUCAUCCACCCGGGGCGACUAGGCCGGUCCGGGCUAUGGCUGCACCUAUAGCACAUUUCGACGACGACUGGCCGAACCUGGGUGAUCCGAGCAUGGUGUCAGAGGAAGGGCUGCAGAAAGGCCGUGUCAACGCUGCCGCCGCCGCGAGCGAAGCGGCGCCCCAGUCGCUCCUGUUUGGCGGUGAUGAUGAUGAUGAUGUUCUGCACGACAGCAGCUUCUCCCCUAGAGAGAACGCGGGGUUCCGGUCUAUGGAGGAUCUGGUGAACGAUUUCGAUGAGAAGUUAACCACGUGCUUCCAAAAUUUUGACGCCAAGACGGAGAGCAUCGCUCCCGUGGCCGUGAUCGCCGAGGACACGCUGCUGGAUAAAGACGAAAUCUGGAACACUUUGACGGCUAACUACGGACAUGUGAUGCCCGUGGACUGGAAACGUUCUCGAACGCGCUCCCUCCACGUUCCCGCAAUCAACCUGGAGGAGAAACCCAGAAAGGCAGAUGUUGCGUUGGAGCUGUCAGACGAUGAGGAGCUCAGGGAUCAGCUAGACAUGCACUCCAUCAUUGUCUCCUGCAUCGCAGAGGAGCCCCUUUUCACAGCAGAGCAGGUUAUCGAGGAGAUAGAGGAAAUGAUGCAGGACUCUCCUGACAUGGAGGCAGAACAUAAUCCAUCACAGUCGGACCUGUCAAUGCUCUCUGUGGACGUCCAGCAGCCCAACAGCUGCUCUGACUACGAGGAGAGGAUGGAGGCCCUGAGCAUUGCAGAGCUGAAUGAGUGUCUGGAGGAGACUGAAAUGAAGAUCAGGAGGUUUUCAGAGGAGCUGGUUCAGCAGCUGGCUCUCAGGGAUGAGCUGGACUUUGAGAAAGAGGUGAAGAACAGUUUCAUCUCAGCCCUCAUCGACGUGCAGAACCGGCAGAAGGAGUACCGCGAGGCGCUCAAGAAGAAGAAGAAGCUUAAAGGUGGAGCUGGGAAAUCGCAAGGUCUUCCAGAGAAAACACUUGGAUCGCGCUUCAGCAUGGAGGGGAUCUCCUCUGUUAUCCAAAACAGUUUCCGUCAAACUUUUGGGAGCGGGUGCAGUGAGAGACAGUAUUUGACCACAGUCAUCCCUUACGAGAAGAAGGGACAUCCUCCUUCGAUUGAAGACCUCCAGAUAUUGACCAAGAUUCUGCAAGCUAUGAGAGAUGAUAGUGACAAGGUGCCCAGCCUCCUAACAGACUACAUUCUCAAAGUGGUUUGCCCGACAUAGACGAGAGGGAGGCUCUGCAAAGGUUCCACAUUGUUAAGCGUGAUGAAAAGAAGAAAAGGACUCAUUGUUUUGUUUUUUUGCAAACAUGAAGCACACUUAAUUUAUUCCUGGAUGUUUUUACCUUUGUGUGUCACAUUUUUUCCCCGGAUUUUCAUUAAGCUGUAUUUAUUUUGUGCAAGCACUAUGAUUUCAAAGCGUGUGUAUUCUUGUGAAUUUUUGUUUUUAAUUGUCUCGCAGGGUGAUAGUGUAUCCUAAGUUGAUAAAUGAUAUAAGAAAUGUAGACUGACCGUGCACUGAGCUUUGCUUAUUGAUUAGAGCAAAGCUGCACCGCGGUUGGCUUUGUGUUUAUCGGAAGUGCUGAGCUGUACACAGAGCGGAAAACGCGAUGCACAAAACGCUCUGAUACAGAUGUUGCAGUAACAGAGAAUCAUAAUAGUGAAUGUUAACAAGCUUCUAAACUGAUAAACUUACACAGAAAAUAACUUAAGAAUUUUAAAAAAGAGGAGAGUGAAUCACAAGAUAGCAUUUAUUACAGUAGCACCUGAAACAGAUGAGAGAGCUCUAAGGGAACAAGAUACAAAUCAUUAAAUACAAAAUGAUGAAGAGUACUCAGAUUAUCUGAAACCUGUGUUUAUAAACACAAAACUAUGAUAUAGUUCAGUUUUCCAUGUAGCCGCAGACAGAGGGCAGCCAUCUGCUUUCAUCUUAGUACGCUGUAAACAUGAUUGUUAUAAUUUCAUAGAAGAUGACGUACUGUGUUGAUGGGUGAGGUGACGUAGCCUGGAUUGAUAUUUACUGAUUAACUUACUAACUAUGCAUUUGAGUGAAUUGUGACCCACGCACUGUCUGUACUCUUGCCUCUGUGCAUGGGGCGGCGUACACCACCAAUGGGCAUUGCUGUUCUCUAUGUAUUACUUUAUACAAGCUGCCUUUGCCUUUGGCUGAACUUUUGUACAUUAUAAAUGAAUUAUUUUCAUUGAAUGUCAUGUUACUAAACCACAGAACCUGCUUCCAUGUUUAUUUAUUUUGUAAAUAUUCUCUUGAUAAAAUAUUGAUAAUA